AUGGCUAUCGAUGAAGAGAAAGCGUUCCCGCCCACAACGGCCACGAUGACCAGCAAGGCCUUUGACGGCGAAAAGGGCUUCGACACCACAUCCACGCCGGCGUCAGAGGAGUCGCCUCGGCUCUACAACAACACUCCCGUCCAUGACGGCAAUGGCGUCCUCUCUAAGCUGCGCCGAUUCGAAGCUCGUCUAGACGAGAAACUGGGCGUCGAGAGCGAGGCCAUCGACCGCAAGCGGGCUGAGGACAAGAAACCCGUGCCCUGGCAUGAGCAGCUCACCAUGGCUCUUCUGUGGGCCAGUGGGACCAUGAACACCUCGUGCUUCGCCACCGGGUUCUUGGGCUGGGAGUUCGGACUGAGUCUCAAGCAGUCCAUCCCCAUCUACAUCUUUGCCUCUAUCCUAGGAGGGGCCGUGACGGGCUACUGCGCGACAUUCGGCGCCGCCACGGGCUUACGACAGAUCUCGGUCUCGCGAUACAGCUUCGGAUGGUACCCCAACAAGCUCAUCGCCGCCCUGAACACCGUCCAACAGAUCGGCUGGGCCGCCGUGUCGUGCAUCACGGGUGGAUUGGCCCUGAACGCCGUGGCCGACGGGCAUGUCUCCCUCGCCGUGGGAAUCGUGAUUCUGGCCAUUGUGGCGCUUGCCAUCUCCUUUGUCGGCCUCAACGCCAUUCUGGUCUACGAGCGAUACGCCUGGCUCAUCUUCUUCGUCAUCUUCAUGAUCAUCUUCGGCGAGACGGGCCAGUACGCUGACAAUACCACCCCGUCGUCUCUGCACGGCGCCACCCUCUCGGGCACUGCCCUCUCGCUGGUUGCCAUCGUCUACGGCUCCUCGGCCUCGUGGUGCACCAUGGCGUCCGACUACUACGUCCACUACCCGGCCACGGUGUCGCGGGUCAAGGUGUUUCUGAUGACGACUUUCGGCAUCAGCAUCCCCACAUCAAUCGGCAUGGUCGCGGGCGCCGUGGUGGCUUCGGCGCUCAACAACAAACCCACCUGGCAGGACGCGUAUGAGAAUCAAGGCCUGGGCUUCUUGAUCCAGGACAUGUUGCACCCCCGCGGCUUUGCAAAGUUCUUGUUGGUCCUGCUGGUGCUGUCUGGCAUCAACACCAACGUCAUCUCCAUCUACUCGGCCGCCAUCUCGUGCCAGCAGUUCGCCCGCCCCUUUGCCCGCAUCCCCCGCUUCAUCUGGACGUUUUUGUGCUUCGCCGCGAUCCUGGGACUUGCGCUCGGCGGCCGCGAGAAGCUCAACACUUACCUGGUCGACUUCCUUUCCUUGUUGGGAUACUGGUGCACCUCGUACUUCGUGAUUCUCUUCUCCGAGCACGUCUUCUUCCGCCGUCGCAAUUUCGCAAACUACGACCUCGACGCCUGGAACGACCCCUCCCGCCUCCCGCAUGGCAUUGCGGCUUCUGCCGCCUUUGGGUUGGGAGUUGUCGCCUGGUGCAUGGGAAUGGUUGAGACAUGGUAUACGGGCCCUCUAGGCAAAUUGAUCGGUGACUAUGGUGGUGAUGUGGCUAAUGAAUUCGCCUUUGUGGUUACGGCCGUGGUGUAUACCCCCGCGAGGUAUUUGGAGUUGAAGUACUUUGGACGAUAG